UAUUUUUCCAGGCGUGAUUUAGUUUUAGCCGUUGCGCGACGCGUUUUAGCUGCUGAAACUGAUAUGUCUCGAGAGGGUGUGUGAACUAUUUUAAAAAGAGGGGAGUGCGAAGUGAACACUUGGUAAAAGUGAGACAGUACCUCGCACAUGGCAGCCUAUUUACGGCACAUGACGAUGGCGCACAUGAGCGGAGAUGGCCCAAAUCAUCAUUCACCGCCGCGACUGCACGAUGGACGCGGAAUCCGAGACUCGCCCACGUCUCCCCUCAAAAUCUUUGUACAGGCCAAACGAUCGGCCAACGAGAUUUUUGAGCAGAUGGAUGUUUACGUCGUCGAGUGUUUGGAUUUUAUUAAAGCCACGGUUGCUUUCAUUCGAGCUGAAGUAUCUCGAGCGCCAUCUGCUGCCCUAUUUCUCCUGUGUGCGUACGAGCGUUGCCGUAGUAUCGAAGGGGUGGUGAUUGAGGCGCUUUGCUUCAAAAUCUCUACUCGAGGGAUGAGUGUGGGAUCGAUCAUAACAAACGAGAUUCGGGAUGGAGUGGAAUCCUACAGAGCAAAAGUUGCUGGGAUUCGAGAAGUUCUUAAGAGAGAUCACAUGAAAGUGGCAUUCUUUGGACGAACGAGUAACGGGAAAAGUACCGUUAUUAAUGCUAUGUUGAGGGACAAAGUGUUGCCAUCCGGUAUUGGACAUACCACGAAUUGUUUCCUGCAAGUGUGUGCGUCGGAGACAGAUGAUGCAUAUUUGACACUGGAAGGGAUGAAUGAGCGCCGUAAUGUUGCGUCGGUAGCACAACUAGGACACGCAUUAUGUGAAGAGAAGCUAAACGAGAGUGCAAUGGCGUAUGUGCACUGGCCGGUGGACCGAUGUCCGUUGUUACGUGACGACGUUGUAUUCGUCGAUAGCCCUGGGGUUGAUGUUUCUCCUAAUCUUGACGACUGGAUAGAUCAACACUGCGUGGACGCCGAUGUGUUUGUUUUGGUAGCUAAUGCGGAGUCAACACUCAUGCGAACGGAAAAAAAUUUCUUCCACAAAGUUUCAUCAAAAUUGUCGAAGCCAAACAUUUUCGUGCUGAAUAAUCGAUGGGAUGCAUCAGCUGCUGAGCCGGAUUUUCUUGAGCAG